UUGCACCGAGAGGGGGAGCACCUUGAUGUUCUAGUACACUUCACCAACUCCCCCCAGUGCUACUGUGCUUCAGCCGUUGUUAGGAAUGCGUUACUAAAUGAUGUAGGUCUUGCCGUGGUCUCGGGCUGUAUUGAUGGCUCAACCGUGAUCUAUCCUUUGAUGGGAUUCCGCGCCAAAUUACGCACGAAACACAACGGUCUUCGGAAUUGGAAUGGAAAUGCCCUCCCAACGCUGCAUUCGGAGCCGACGAUAUGAACCAUGCCUAGUUAAUUUUACAAGGAUUUCUCCUUUAGCCAGUGUGUAGACCGUGAACGAGUUUGAAAUGUAUACAUUUUAUUCGGAUUUGGAAUAAAACGAAAAGCAAUUCAUCCGUGAAGAGCGAGGUGUUGCUGUCGAUUUUUAUUUUAUUUUGAUCUAUUCAGCAAAUAUCAAAGGAUUUUUAGAUGGAACUGGAGAAUAUUGUGGCCAAUACGGUACUGCUAAAAGCAAGAGAAGGUGGAGGAGGGAAGCGGAAAGGGAGGAGUAAGAAAUGGAAGGAGAUCCUUCGCUUCCCCCACAUCAGCCAAUGCACUGAGCUGGGCAACAGCAUCGAUCGGGACUACAUGAGUCUGUGUGAGAAGCAGCCCAUCGGCAGACUGCUGUUCCGCCUGUACUGUGAGACCAGACCUGAAUUGCUGCGAUGCAUCCACCUACUGGACGCCAUGGAUGACUAUGAGCUGGCGCCUGAUGAGAAACGGAAAAGCAGAGGAGGUGAAAUUAUUGGGAAGUUCCUCACUAAACAGUCGUCAGAGUGUGUGGAGGCAGCAGAGAGCUUUGCUGAGCAGUGUAGAGAGACCUGGAGCUUUCACCCCUGCAAGGAGAUCUUCAGUGACUGUCGCAAGGCUCUCCAUGACUACCUGAGACGAGCUCCCUUCUCUGACUACCAAAACAGCAUGUACUUUGACCGUUUCCUACAGUGGAAGAUGCUGGAGAGACAGCCAAUUACUAAAGACACGUUUCGACAGUACCGAGUACUGGGGAAGGGAGGAUUCGGAGAGGUGUGUGCGUGCCAGGUGCGAGCCACAGGGAAGAUGUAUGCCUGCAAGAAGCUGGAGAAGAAGAGAAUUAAGAAGAGGAAAGGAGAGUCCAUGGCCCUUAACGAGAAACAAAUACUAGAGAAGGUCAACAGCAGAUUUGUUGUGAGUUUAGCAUAUGCCUAUGAGACCAAAGACGCUCUGUGUCUGGUGCUGACCUUAAUGAAUGGAGGGGAUCUGAAGUUCCACAUCUACAGCAUGGGGACUCCAGGCUUUGAGAAGGACAGGGUCCAGUUCUAUGCUGCCCAGAUCUGCUGCGGCCUGGACCACCUACACCAGGAAUCCAUCGUCUACAGGGAUUUAAAACCAGAGAAUAUUCUAUUAGAUGAUAAUGGACACAUCCGGAUCUCAGAUCUGGGCCUGGCCAUCAAAGUGCCUGAAGGGGACCCCAUACGAGGCAGAGUGGGAACAGUGGGUUACAUGGCUCCGGAGGUGAUCAACAACGAGCGCUAUGGGAUGAGUCCAGACUGGUGGGGGCUGGGAUGUCUCAUCUACGAGAUGACCGCCGGACGCUCACCCUUCCGCGCACGCAAAGAACGAGUGAAGAGGGAAGAAGUGGAGAAGAGGGUGCAGGAGGGAGAGGAGGAGUACAGCGACAAGUUUACAGAGGACACCCAGGCCAUCUGUAGAGUGCUGUUGACCAAAGAUCCUAAUCAGAGGCUGGGCUGUACAGCGGGGGGGUCAACAGGGGUGAAGGCUCACUGCUUCUUCAGGAACAUCAACUUUAAGAGACUAGAGGCAGGCAUCCAGGAACCCUCCUUUGUACCUGAUCCCCGGGCGGUGUACUGUAAGGAUGUGUUGGACAUUGAGCAGUUCUCCACAGUCAAGGGAGUAAAUCUGGACCAAACCGACAACGACUUCUACUUCAAAUUCUCUACAGGCUGCGUGUCCAUCCCAUGGCAGCACGAGAUGAUAGACACAGAGUGUUUCAGUGAUCUGAAUGUGUUCGGGCCCCAGGGGACCAGACCCCCAGAUCUGGACUGGAAUACGCCCCCCGAGCCUCCCCGACGCAGCCUGCUGGACAGGAUCUUCAGGAGACACCACCCCGAGGUGUCCAUUGCCAACAGUCGCGUGUCUUCCUGCAGUGUGAACUCAGUGGACUCCAUGUCAAACUCUGCCCCCUAGUGGCCAUGGCUCUGUGUGGCGCCACACACAGACAGAGGAGGAGACGGAAGGAUCUUCUCACUGCUGAUUGGUUUACACCUGGCCCGACCAGCUGUCAGUCUUCCGGAGGCACCCAACCCAAGCCCAUGGUCAGUCUAGGGGAAAUACUGACCAUGACCCGGGCCUGAGACCCAUGGGGAAUUAUUGGAGGGACGUACAAUAACGCAAAGACGUUUGAAAACAUUGCUCAGACACUUCACUUACCUUCAGGAUCGCUGGAGUAGAGAAGAGCCACUGACUGUGUUGAUGAAUAAGAAAAAACGAGCUAAUUCAGGGGAUCCACUGUCUGAGAAAGACCACAGGAAAUACAAGAUGGGGGCUUUGUUGUUGCUGUUUUUUUUGUUUUUUUUUGUUUUUUUUAAGAAAUUGAAUUCUUUGCAUAAAUUCACGUUCACACUCAAAUGCACUCUCUGUUCAUGUAUUCCUCUCUUCCCCCCUCCCCCUCUCUCUUUUUGUCUCUCUCCUUUUCCCCUCCCUCUCCAAUAAUCACUUAUAAACAUACAUGCAACCAACAACAUCACCAACCUCAAGACACAAUGUGCAUAUUGCCUUGUAUACCCUCAGGCCAAAGAUAUAGUUCAGUUAUGUAUUUUUGUUAUUGUUGCCAUAUUAGUUUUGGAGGAGGAAGGGGGAUUUGCCUGGUCUUUAUUCAAUCACAUAUUAAACUUGAGUCAGCAGCUAUGCUACACCUAAGUCACAAUCAAACAUGUGUUUGCAUACAACAGGCUCCCCCCCCCCCCCCCCCCCCCCACACGCACGCACACAACUGUGGCAUUAGAAUUGUAACUACAAUACUUGUCUUGUUUUCUGCACUUUUCCCAAAGAGUGCCCCAACGCACCCCGUUGACCUUGAGCAAAAGGAGAUUUGUCAAACCAAUAAGCCACCAUUUAUACACCAAUUAAGAUGUUUUACAGUAAAGAUGUUAUUGCUUUACCUCAGACAUUAAAGUAAUAUUACUGCGAUGUAAACUUUGUAAUAUCCAUUGAGCCAGUGCUGUUUUGUGUUUGCGUUGCCAUCACGACCAUGGGUGCAUCUCGAUAGUCUCAUUGGGGGGGGGGUUUCUCUCCUCCUUUUCUUCAUCUGCACUGAUCCUAAAGGAAAGGUGAGGAAUCCUGGAAGAUAUAUGACCUUUUUCUACAGGAAAUGAGCUUUAACCAAUCCAGUGCAGAUGAAGGAAAGGAGGGGAAGCCGUGUUAGACUAUUGAGGUUCCUGGGCUCUGGUAGAGUAAUUGGUAAAGGGACCACCUCACAAUAGGAAGCCUUCCAACACACUCGAACGAAAGGGAAGAACAGCUUUGGUUUUGGAAUUUGAUGUCUUAUUUUAAGGAAGAAUAAAUAUUUACAGUAAACAAUUGUACUUACACGUUUAGUCUUGGCCAGUUAUUAUUUCAUUCGUAAAUCAUUUCACAAAUUGAAACUCAGAAGUGCCUCCUCUUUAGCCUGAUCUCCUAGACGACUCGCACACAAAUGUUUGCACUUUGUUUCUCUCAUGAUCGAUUUGUUUCUUUAUGACCCACACACACACACUGUAUUUGGCUGGUGGUGGAGGCUGGGAAGUGAGGAGAGAGAGAGAGAGGAUAAGGAGAUGAAAGGAGAGAACGAGGGAGGAUCGCUUCCUGCUAUUGUUGUACAUUACAGUGCUGAGUGUACAGAAUGUAAAGCCAAACCCACUGUGCUCUGCAGCUCCGAAUAAACAAACCCUGUGCUGCCUUAGCACCUCUGUA